CAGGUAGGUUAUGCAUGCCAUACCAAAGCUCCAUACAAAUAAAUUCAAAAUUCACUCCCACCUCUAAGUUCAGCUUUGACGAGUGCUCAAUUCGCAACACCGAAAGUCGCCAGACGUCAGGAAUAUGUCACGCUCAUUAACGGCUCCGCAGCCGCUCUUGCGAUCCCUUCUUAAAGGCCAACCGCGAGCGCAGCAGCAGCAAUGCCGCCGCCUCAUCUCUUCCAGCACUACCCCUCCGCGACGGCCUACGACAUGCUCGUCUCACCACCCACAGCAGCGGCAAAGCACCACGAACCCGAAAAGCAGCCCGAUGGUCUUCGAGCAGCGCCGGUACAAGAUGAAGACGGUGGAGGAAGCGAAGAGCAGGUACCGCAUGGGGCCGUUCUCGUGGAAGGCGGGCCUGCUGUUCAUAAUCACGAGCGCGGGGCUGGUGUGGUACUUCGAGUACGAGAAGGCGCGCAUGCAGCGCAAGCGCAUAGCGGAUGCGACGAAAGGUGUGGGCAGGCCCAAGGUAGGCGGCGCGUUUGAGCUGGUGGAUCAUGAGGGGAGGCCGUUUACGAGCGAGGACUUGAAGGGCCGGUAUAGCUUGGUCUACUUCGGCUUCACGCACUGCCCGGACAUCUGCCCAGAGGAGCUGGACAAGAUGGCGCGCAUGUUCGACCUGGUUGAGGAAAAAGCGCCGAACAAGCUGGAGCCGGUGUUCAUCACGUGCGACCCGGCGCGCGACGACCCCAAGACGCUCAAGUCGUACCUCGCCGAGUUCCACCCGCGCUUUCUUGGGUUAACGGGCACGUACGAGCAGAUCAAGGACGUGUGCAAGGCGUACCGCGUCUACUUCAGCACGCCGCGCGACGUCAAGCCCGGCCAGGACUACCUUGUUGAUCAUAGUAUCUACUUCUACCUCAUGGAUCCCGAGGGAGACUUUGUGGAGGCGCUGGGCAGGCAGCAUAGUCCGGAGCAGGCGGCGAAGGUCAUUCUGGAUCAUAUGAAGGAUUGGAAGGGUCCUUUGAGGCAAUAGAAUGUGAUUGGACCCGUUCGUUGAUCUUUUGGCCUACCUGUACGUAGGUUGCCAUAUCACCUGCUAGGUCAAGGACUUACCAGGUACUGUUGGUACUUUGUAGGUAUGGAUAUUGAUGUAAAUAUGCCGACCCUGUACAUAGUAAAAAUCAACUCUUGCAUGAUGUACGAUGUACUUCAAAAUUAUGAUACCUAAGAUAUCAAAUCUUAGGAGAUAUUAUAUGUAAUAUAACUCAAGC